AUGGCGAUAUGCAAGUGGGCUGGCUACCCUAAUCUUUUCAUCACGUUUACUUGCAAUCCAAAGUGGCCUGAGAUUUGUAGAUUUGUUGACAGUAAGGACUUAAAACUCGAGGAUGGUAGAUGCACAAAGCACUUUCCAAAAAAAUUUGUUGGGGCAACUACAAUUGAUGAAGAUGUUUAUCCUAUUUACAGACGAAGGAAAGAUGGUACAACUAUCAAGAAAGAUAGUAUUGGCCUUGACAACAGAUCUAUUAAGUACUUAUUUAAGUACGUUAAUACGGGGAAUGAUUGUGUCACUGCUACUUUUUCUCAAAGUGCAAAUGAGGAAGAUUCAUCAAAUGUUGAUGAAAUAAACAUGUAUUAUGAUUGUCGAUACAUAUCAUCCAGUGAAGCUUCUUGGAGAAUACUUGAAUUUCCAAUUCAAUAUAGGCAAUCUCUGGUAGAAAGACUAGCAUUUCAUCUUAAAAAUGAACAAAAUGUUAUAUUCUCUAAUGAUGAUCCAAUUGAUGAUGUCGUCAAUAGACCGAGUGCAAGGGAAUCAAUGUUCUUAAGUUGGUUUGAGGAAAAUAAAGAAUUUCCUGAAGCUAGAGAAUUAACUUAUGCAGAAUUUUCGUUUAAGAGGAUCUUCUUUGUUCCGCCUGGAAGUGGCGAGUUAUAUUAUUUAAGAUUAUUGUUGAAUGUCAUUGGAGGUGCAAAAAUCUUUGAGGAUCUUAAGAAAGUUAACAAUCGUGACCACACCACUUUAAGAGAUGCUUGUUAUGCACUUGGCUUGUUAGAUGAUGACAAAGAGUUUAUUGAUGCCAUACAGGAAGCAAAGGCAGAGAUGACAGAUGAUGAAUUGAGAAAUCAUUGUUUGCAAAGGUUGGAAAAUUUUUUGAAAGGUUGCAAAAAAAAAUUUCAGAAUUUUUCGACUAUGCCAAGACCUGUUUACAACGAGAAACAAGUGGACAAUAUCAAUAGAUUAAUCCAUGAUGAAUUGCGUUAUAACAAGCGCUCUUUGUUGGUUGAACACCAACAAUUAGUAAUGAAUUUGAAGGCUAAACAAAAGUCAGUGUAUGACAAAAUAAUGGCGGCGGUGAGUAAAGACAAAGGUGAAUUGUUCUUCUUAUAUGGUCAUGGAGGAACUGACAAGACUUUUAUUUGGAGGACUUUGUCUUCUGGAAUACGAUCUAGAGGAAAUAUUGUGUUAACUGUUGCAUCAAAUGACAUUUCAUCUCUUUUGUUACCUGGAGGGCGAACAUCUCAUUCAUGA